AUGAACGAUGCCACAGCCCUUUCACAACCAGGCGACUACGGCCCCGAACACCCCAUCAAGCCGGCUGCAAUGUCGUCACGAUGCUCCUGCGCGCGGCUGACGCGCCUCCCGACAACGAUCGUCCCCAGACAAGCCACCCUCAACCUCACACGACCCUUCUCCUCCACGACGGCCCAGCUCAAGGUGCCCCCCCAACACCCAGACUGGAUCAAGGUCCCGACGCCGCCCCAAUCCCAGGCCUCUGAGGAGAAGCCCCCCAUCGUAAAGGGCACCCUUCCCACGCCCCGCGACGUCUUCCCAGCAAAGGAAAACGACCGCAAAGUCCAGCCCUCGUACCUUCUCGAGACCGCACCCGCGCCCACCAGCGCCUCGUCCACGAAGCCCGCCCCUCCCGGCUCCCGCCUCGAGCACCGCCGCCGCAUGGCCGAGUCCCGCCGCGAAAACCUCGGCAUCGCCCUUCAGGGGCUCUACCAGCGCAAGCAGGAGGGCGUCGAGACCGUCACCGCCGAGAGACAGCGCCGCCUCCGCGACCACCAACGCGCCGCCGUCGCCCCCGAGCGCGCAGACGACCGCCUCACCCGCGGCUCCGUUCUCUCCUCCCUUGCCGAGUCUGCCUCUGUCGCACCCAACAAGGACCGCUACGACCAGGCCAACGCUAGCAAGGCGCGGACGGCCAGGCUCGCCGCCAAGAAGAGCGAGGCGAGACAGGAUGCCCUCAUGGAGCUGUACAUCAACGCCUCCAAGUUCAUCGUCACCGAGGAGGAGCUGGGCAAGCACCUGGACCAGCUCUUCUCCGAGGACUUCUGGAAGCGCCAGGGCAAGUCCAUGGCCCACGACGCCGACAACGCCUGGGACGUCUGGGGACAGCCGCCGACGGUGCAGUCCAUGCUGGACGACAUGCUGAGAACGCAGCAGCGGGCCAUCGACUUCCAGACGAGCGACCAGGACAGGACCGUCAAGAGGCAGAAGUCGAUUGCCGAGGAGCUGACGGGCGGCAAGAUGGAGUAA